CCCCCAAAAUCAAAGUCGGAUACCCCGCAGGAUUUGAAAUAGUUUUCCCGUCUUAUUUUCAUCCGAAAUUUUGAAAACUCAUCACUUUCCUAUCGUUCUUCUAAGUCCCAACCCCAGAAGAGUGAGAAUCCACCACUUCUCUUCGCCCAAACUGUUGCAGUUGAUAGAAUGUCUUCCGAGGAUCAAAAGCUGAUUAAGAAAACCAAAGUGGAGGAAGACGAAGCGGACGACGGAAUAAGCCUGGGUGCCCUUUUACAAGAAAAAAGGAAGAAACUCCUAAAUGUGGGUCCUAAAUCUAUCUCAAAGCCGAAGAAGGAAGAAGUACAGGGAGAAGAUGGAGCGGGAAAAUCCCCAAAUAUAAAUUGUGGGUCUGCUUCUAAGGGCACCAAGGUUCAAAAGGAAGAGCGUUUCAACUCUGUUGAUGAUGAUUUUGACGAGAAGCCAGCCAAAAAGAGCUCUGCAGCAAAACGUGAUAUGGAACUGAAGAAGAAGAAGAAAGUGAACGAGGAGAAGAGCAAAAGCGCCAAGGGGGAGCUGGAGAGCCAGAAAAAAGAGAAAAAGGAGAAGAAGGUAUAUGAUUUGCCCGGUCAGAAGCGAGAUCCCCCAGAAGAGAGAGACCCGCUGAGGAUCUUUUACGAAACGCUCCACAAGCAAGUUCCCCACAGUGAAAUGGCAGAGUUUUGGAUGAUGGAGUCUGGUUUACUAUCCAAAGAAGAAGCAAAGAAAGUUUUUGAAAAGAAGCAGAAGAAGGCACCACUGCAAAAGUUGAGCUCCCCAGGGAAGACUGUGACUGCUGUAAAGAGCGUCACGAAGACCACCAUUGUCAAGAAAACUGUCCAAUCUCCUCCAGUUUCUUCGAACAAGAAGACGAUGACAGUGGGCUCCAAAGUUGUGGCAAAACAGUCAACGAAGCGCAAUUUGAAAGACGAAAGUUCCGAAGAUGAAUCAGACGAUGACUUCAUAAUCAGUCGAAGCAUGAAAAAGAAACCAAGAGCAGCCUAAUUCAGGUGUAAAUGGACAAAUCCUUCUAUUCAGAAACUGAUUUAAAUCUCUGAUUAGUUGUUCCAAAACAUUGCAUCAAUGUUAUAAAGAGAUUGAUACUCCUUUGGUCGUUU